AUGGGAGAGUGCUGUCCUCCGAUGGAUCUGUUCAGGUCGGAGCCUAUGCAGCUCGUCCAGAUCAUCAUCCCCAUCGAGUCUGCUCACCUCACUGUCUCUUAUCUCGGCGACCUCGGCCUCCUCCAGUUCAAAGACCUCAAUGCAGAGAAGAGCCCGUUUCAGAGGACUUAUGCUGCCCAGAUUAAAAGAUGCGCAGAGAUGGCUCGCAAAUUACGUUUCUUCAAGGACCAAAUGUUAAAGGCAAAUUUGCCUUCUUCAAAGUCUAAAAGACAAGUUGACGUCAAUGUGGACGACCUAGAGGUAAAACUUGGUGAAUUUGAGGCAGAGCUGAUUGAAAUCAAUUCAAACAGUGAAAAGUUGCAGCGUUCAUAUAAUGAACUGAUAGAAUAUAAGCUUGUUAUGGAAAAGGCUGGUGAGUUUUUUCACUCAGCUCAAAGCAGUGCCGCGUUGCAGCAAAGAGAAAAUGAAUCCCGUCAUAUUGGUGAUGAAUCUCUGGACACGCCUUUAUUACUGGAGCAAGAAGCAUCAACUGAUCCAUCAAAGCAAGUUAAGUUGGGGUUUCUCACUGGACUUGUUCCUAGGGGAAAGUCUUUGGCAUUUGAGAGGAUUCUUUUUCGAGCUACUAGGGGUAAUGUCUUUCUGAGGCAGGCUGUGGUUGAAAAUCCUGUCACCGAUCCUGUUUCAGGAGAGAAGGUUGAGAAAAAUGUUUUUGUGGUAUUCUACUCUGGAGAAAGAGCAAAGAACAAAAUUCUUAAAAUAUGUGAAGCUUUUGGAGCCAAUCGUUACUCUUUUCCUGAGGAUCUGGGUAGACAAGCUCAAAUGAUUACUUCGGUUUCAGGAAGAAUUUCAGAGCUAAAGACUACCAUAGAUAUCGGACUGUUGCACCAGGGAAGUUUGUUACAGACUAUUGGGGAGCGUUUUGAGCAUUGGAACCUUUUGGUGAGGAAGGAGAAGUCCAUAUACCAUCAUCUUAACAUGCUUAGCCUUGAUGUAACAAAAAAGUGUCUUGUGGCUGAGGGGUGGAGUCCUAUUUUUGCAUCAAAACAGAUCCAGGAUGCAUUGCAGCGGGCAGCGUUUGACUCCAACUCACAAGUUGGCGCUAUUUUCCAGGUUUUGCACACACAGGAGGCACCACCUACCUAUUUCCGCACAAACAAAUUCACUUCUUCUUUUCAAGAAAUUGUUGAGGCAUAUGGGGUAGCUAAGUAUCAAGAAGCAAAUCCUGCUGUAUAUACUAUUGUGACAUUCCCAUUUCUUUUUGCUGUCAUGUUUGGUGAUUGGGGACAUGGAAUAUGUUUGUUACUUGCGACACUAUAUUUAAUAGGCAGGGAAAGGAAGCUUUCUAGUCAGAAGCUUGGAGACAUCAUGGAGAUGGCCUUUGGUGGCCGUUAUGUUAUUUUGUUGAUGGCAAUUUUCUCAAUCUACACAGGUUUAAUCUAUAAUGAGUUCUUCUCUGUCCCAUUUGAACUGUUUGGCAGCUCAGCAUAUGCGUGCCGUGAUCUUUCUUGCAGAGACGCUACUACAGCUGGCUUGAUUAAGGUGCGUCCCACUUACCCAUUUGGCCUGGAUCCUGUAUGGCAUGGAUCCCGCAGUGAGCUUCCAUUUCUAAACUCAUUGAAGAUGAAAAUGUCAAUUCUUCUUGGGGUGGUCCAAAUGAACCUUGGAAUUAUAAUAAGUUUUUUCAACGCCAGGUUCUUUCGAAGUGGAGUUAACGUUUGGUUCCAGUUUAUACCCCAGAUUAUAUUUUUAAACAGUCUAUUUGGCUACCUGUCCGUUCUCAUUGUUAUGAAGUGGUGGACUGGUUCAAAAGCUGAUCUAUACCAUGUAAUGAUAUACAUGUUCCUAAGUCCUACAGACGAGCUAGGUGAAAACCAGCUUUUCAGUGGUCAGAGAACAGUUCAGCUUGUGCUAUUACUAUUGGCUUUUGUUUCUGUACCAUGGAUGCUGUUUCCAAAGCCCUUUAUAUUGAAGAAGCAACAUCAAGAUCGGCACCAAGGCCAAUCCUACGCCCUACUUGAGAACACAGAAGAGAGCUUGCAAGUGAAUUCAAACCAUGAUGCCCAUGGUCAUGGGGAGUUUGAAUUUAGUGAAGUUUUCGUACAUCAAAUGAUACACACAAUAGAAUUUGUACUUGGAGCAGUCUCAAAUACAGCUUCAUACCUUCGUCUAUGGGCUCUAAGUCUUGCUCAUUCAGAGUUGUCCAGUGUGUUCUAUGACAAGGUUCUCCUGCUGGCUUGGGGGUUCAACAACGUGAUCAUACUCAUAGUGGGUAUUAUUGUCUUCAUUUGCGCAACUGUCGGUGUUUUACUGCUGAUGGAAACUCUCAGUGCUUUCCUUCAUGCUUUGCGACUUCACUGGGUGGAAUUCCAGAACAAGUUUUACGAGGGAGAUGGUUACAAGUUCUAUCCAUUCUCAUUUGCAUUGCUUGAUGACGAAGAUGAGUGA